CUUACGAAAUUAACAAGUGAUGGGAAAGACAGUGUAGCAGAUAAAGACUAAUUUUCCUAAUAUUGACAAUGUUUAAGGCAUUAGAUAAAGUGAACUAUAACACACUGAACCUAAACAAACCUAAGGAACCAGUCAAAGAGAUAAUUAAACCAAUUUCAUUGGUUCAGAUUAGUUGCCGUGUGAUCAACAGAUGUGAUGGAUUGACCAAUCAUGCGAUACGUUGUGUACCAAUACACUUAGCAGCAGAUUUACUCAGGGCAGCAAUAGAGAAGGCACAACCUAAUGCUAUCAGUGCUAUCAUAUCAAACUGGCCACAUACAGAAUUAUGUUUUAAGGAUAUAUUACCACCCAAGCACCAUGAUAUUUUUGAGGAAGAAAUGGGCCAUGAUUUGGUAGUGUUCAGAGGUGUGAUCAACAGAACUAAAUAUUGUAAACUCAAAUCUAUUGACUUCAGAGGACUUAAACUAAAUGGAACUUUCUGCAAGCUGAUAGUACAGAUGUGGCCUAUUUUGUCUUUAAAGAAAUCACAACAGAAAACAAAGAAUUUAGUGAAAACAAUAGUCAAAAAUGCUGGUGUGAAAAGAAGUCGUUUAACAGAUGAAAUUUUGCCAAAAAUGUUGGAAGAUCUGCUGUGUCACGAGAUGGUUAAAAAUUCUACAUUCUCUAUAUACAUUCCUAAAGGAGAGAAAAUGACUGUUAAGAUGGACAACUUACAGUUUUCUACAAACAGGACAUUCUUCAUGGAUUACCUCAUAUGUAAUGGACUACGGUCAAUAACACCUUUGUCUAUUUCUGUGUCUAAUAUUUGUAUCAAGUCUGAUUUAAUGAUUGGAGAUGAUGUAAUGGACUGCUUAGCCCCUUUUAUUGUCUUGAGAGGCUUGGACCCAGAGAACAUUGAAGGAAUUGAGCUGAAGCAACUUGAAGAGGGAAUUUUCUUUCUCGUAGCAUCAGACCUUCAGAAAUUUAAAAACGUUAGGGCAUUAGAUCUUCAAGACUGUAAUAUAUAUUUACAGGAAGGUCGAACGAGAAGUAGAACAGCAUUACGGAAUAAAAUAGUGGAAACUUUGAACUGUUUCUCGAACUUAAUUCGAUUGGAUCUAAGCUUUAAUUACCUUCUAGGUUGUCUUGGUGAGAUAUUAACAGCAUUAAAACAACCCCUGGAAUUUCUCAGUUUACGGGGCUGUGACUUGAAUGAAAAUGACCUGUCAUGUUUGACUAAGUCUCAACAUGCAAUUCACUUAAAGGAACUUAAUUUAAGUAAAGUGUGCCAAUUUUCUAUCUAUGACAAUGAUAGGAUAUCGCCUAUGUUUUUGUUAAAGAUCACAAAACAUUUUUCAAAUGUGAAAAUUCUUAGCCUAGCACAGAAUCAUUUACCAGAUGCUUCAGUGUCGGAAUUUUGUCAUAUUUUACGCCAUGAUUUGAAAUACCUUAAAGUUCUGGACAUUGCAGGAAAUAUACUGACAGAAGAGAAUUUAACAGACAUUACAAAAGCUCUAGCUCACAUUAAAUCAAUGCAGAAAUUCCGUCUGACUUGUACAAACAAUUUAUUAGAAGAUGCAAUGGGGCCUCUUGACGGUGGAAAUAAUCAAGAAGAUCUGAAGAAGAAAUUUUGUGGUGUUCUAUCCUGUCUUGGUCGGGAUGAUAUAAUCGUGGACAUUGUUCGGCUUUCUUAUGCAAUAUUUGUGGACUUAGUGGAUAUCAUGGACCCGGAGUGACUUUAAUGGACCCGGAGUGAAAAAGUCAGUCUGUUCAUAUGCAAUAUUUAUACAGUUGGUUCAUAUAAUGGAACCAGAGCAGAUUAAAUAUGUCAAAGACAGAUCGGAAAGUAUUUUUUAAAGGGAGUAAAUGAAUUUGUGUGACAGUAGAGAGGAUGCAAAUCUGGUUUGAUUUUUCAAUAGGACGCAUGUGCAAUUAUUCCAUUUAUUGUAAAGUGAGAACUUUUGGAGUAUUCACAGCUGACAUUUAUUUGGAAUAGGAUAUUUGUCAUGCAGAACCAUCAUUUCUAAUACAAAUAUAACAGUGCAAAAAAUGUCAGUUGUCAUAUGAAUUU